AGUUUCAUUCCCGUGAGAAAUGACUUUCAGCUCCAGUGUCUGUCUGUCUGUCAUCCACGUGUUGCGCUGCGCGUCUCGUGUCCUGGCGGCUGAUUCACCGGGAAGUUUCGGUGCUCCGGGAAUAACAGCACAAACCAGAGCCCUGACAGGAGCCGCGAGCGGCCGGACUUCUCCAUGUUUGACACACGCUAACCAACCGCAGAUUGUGCUGAAGUGUUUCUGAGGCAGGUAGAGUGACUGAACGCUGUAAACUGCAGAAGCAGGUGAGGGGGUGCCAUGCCAGCUGUUGCUCCCCUGUUGCUGCUCCUCGCCAUCUUGUGGUGGCCUCUGGUACUGCCUCUGGCCCCCGGUCAUCUUCAGAGCCCCCCUACAUUCAUCACCCUUAAUGACUCCCGCCUCAAUCAUCUCCUGCUCGACAACCAUUCAGGCCACAUCUAUGUGGGGGCGGUCAAUUUGCUCUAUCACCUCUCCCCAGACUUGCAGCUGCUCUCCUGGGGCAAAACAGGGCCUAAACUGGACAGCCCGGACUGCCUACCCCCCAUUGUCUCCACCGAAUGCACCCAGGCAGAAACCACAGAUAACACCAACAAGCUUCUGUUGCUGGAAAAAGUCAAUGAAAGUAAACCACUCAGCCUGAUCGUGUGUGGGACGGUCCUGCAGGGCAUCUGCGAGAAGCGAAGCUUGGAGAACGUCUCUAAGGUGCUGUACAAGACCGACAACCCCGUGGACACGCAGUACGUGGCAGCAAACGACCCUCGAGUGUCCACGGUUGGUGUGGUGGUGGAGCAGAAAAAUGUUCUGCUUAUGCUUGUUGGGCGGGGCUACACCAGUAAAGGACCUGGUGGGAUCCCGCCAAUCACGAUGCGACGCUUAACCCCAGUUUCCCAAAACUCUGCACCAGCAUUUUCCCAUGAAGAACUUGGAAAGCUGGUUGUCGGGAGCUAUUCUGAAUACAACAACCACUUUGUGAAGGCUUUUCCUCACAACAACUAUGUCUAUUUUGUGUUCUCUCGGCGCGAUGUGUGGGGCAAACGAGAGUAUCGGACAUACGUUUCAAGACUCUGUGAAGGAGACCCCAAUUUCUACUCUUAUGUGGAGGUGCCGCUUUCCUGCGGUGGAGGAUACAAUCUGGCACAGGCCGCUGUACUUGGCUAUCACCGGGAACAACCCACACUGUUUGUGGCUAUGGCCAUGGGGCAGGCAUCGACUCCCACACCCACAGACCGGUCGGCUCUUUGUGUGUACAAGGUGGAGGAGCUGGAUAAAGCCCUGCAUGGUGCCCAGCUACUGUGUUAUUCACAGGAGGGCAAAGAUGCCAGCAACCAGGAGAAGGCGUAUAUAGAGUACGAAGUGUCCUCCAAGUGUCUGAAGCUCCCGCAGGACUCGCUGAAAGAGUAUCCAUGUGGAGGUGAACACACACCCAGUCCCAUUGCCAGCGCCAUUGCUCUCGAUGCCACACCAGCUUUCAUCUGGACUCCUUCCAUCACUGCUGUCACAACAGCGACUGAAGUUGGCCACACCAUAGUACUGCUAGGAGACAAAAGUGGAAGGCUGCACAAGGUGUUCUUGCAUGCAAAUGGUACCGGUACCAAAUAUGACACAGUGGAGGUGGAGGCAGAGAGUCCCAUUAACGCUGACCUGCUGUUGGACUCCACUAAACAGAACGUCUACGUGUUAACUGAAAGAAAGGUUACAAAGCUCCAUGUUGCUCAGUGUGAGAAGCAUUUAGACUGCCACUCCUGUCUGUCUAAUAGAGAUCCCUACUGCGGCUGGUGUUUGCUGGAGGGCAGAUGCACACGGAAGAUGGACUGUGCAAGGCACGCUCAGCCUCACCACUGGAUCUGGAGCUAUAGCCGUGAGCGCCAGUGUGUGUCCACAGAGAGUCUACAACCCUCCAUCCUGAGCAGAGAAGAGCAGACACGGGUCUCUUUCACAGUUCUACAGUUGCCGGUCUUGUCAAAGGAUGAGUCUCUAUCUUGCGCUUUUGGGAGUUUGGCUGCUCAGCCUGCGGUUGUCCUGGAGAACAGAAUCACAUGUCAAUCACCGGCUCCAGAGCAGCUCCCCCCGAGCCCACCAGGCAACGAUCACAUAUCUGUACGAAUGGCUCUGAAGUUUGGAGACGUGACCAUCUCGCAUACAAAUAUCACCUUUUAUGAUUGUAAAGCACUCGGACGGCUCAAUGCAACCUCACCGUGCAUGGCGUGUGUUAGCAGUAUGUGGCCGUGUCAUUGGUGUGUGAAGGAUGAGCUCUGCACUCAUGAUAAGAGCUGCCCUAGUCAGCACGUCAUCUAUAACAGCAGGGAGCAGUCAUCGCCCCGUGGGCCUGACUCUUGUCCCUGUGUCUGGGCCCUGCAGAGCUUCCCUCUAGUUCCUGUUGGCUUUGACACCCAGCUCUUACUGCAGGGCAAAAACCUGGACAUAUUUGAGGAUGAGGAAGAUUAUGCUUGCGUGCUGGUCAUCGAAGGCCAGGAGCUGCUCUUGCCAGCCACUUUGAACCGCAGCACAGAGACGGGGACGCAUGUGUUCAAGUGUGCCACUCAUCAGUUCCAAUACUCAGAAAAGCAGUUUGAAUAUUCAGCUCCUGUUUAUCUGCAAUGGGGGACGCAGCGUAUAGACACAGCACCACAUCUCCGCUUGCAGCUGUAUGACUGCUCAGUGGGACAGUCCGACUGCAGCCAGUGUCGAGCGGUUGCUGCCAAUUACGGAUGUGUGUGGUGUGUCGGUGAAACCCCCGGCUGUGUGUAUAACCAAUCCUGUACCAGCCGACCUGCGGACACCUGUCCUGCUCCUAUAAUUACUGAGGUCGAGCCGCUGACUGGGCCACUGGAGGGCGGCAUCCUGCUGACUAUCCAAGGAUCGAAUCUGGGCCAGAGCUUCCAGGACGUCCAGGCAGGAGUUACGGUGGCAGGGGUGACCUGCAUACCUCUGCCAGAAGCCUAUCGCAUUUCUACCAGCAUUGUGUGUGAGCUCCAGGCCAGCGCAAAUGUCACAGCCGGACCGGUCGUCAUCACCGUCAGAGGUUCAGAGAGAGGAGAGUCCCAGCAGACGUUCUCAUAUCAGAAUCCACAGCUGAGCAGGAUUGUACCGGAAAAAGGGCCUUUAGCUGGGGGCACGAUGCUAACGGUCCAUGGGUCACAGCUCCUGACGGGACAGCGAGUAGAACAAAGGAGCGACCAAAUCACUGGCCUGCAGGCCUUUUUGGGCUCAGAGCCCUGUCGCAUCAAUGUAGUGAGUGACACACAGCUGAUUUGUCGCACCAGUCACUCCAACCAAACUGGAAGAGUGCCACUCAAAGUGGUGUUUGGAAAAGCCGAGAGGAUUUUGGAAAGUGUUCUUUUCAGCUACACGGAAGACCCAGUGAUUACUGAUGCAACACCUAUGGAGAGUUUCUACGGGGGUGGGCGUCGUAUAAACGUGACCGGCCGAAACCUGAAUGUCGCUCAGCAGCCGAAGAUGUCGGUAUCUUUUGAGCCUGGAGAGCGGUCCGGAGUCAGAAGUCGUCGACGCACACAUGUUUCUGUCAAGGAUCCCUUGGUUAUGAUUCAGGAGUUGUGCACCAAUGUGACCUCGGAGAGGAUGAUUUGCAAGAGCCCUGCGGUGCAGCCAAAAUCCAGGAUCGUGCGAGUGUGGUUCGAGAUGGACAAUGUGCACAUCGACUUUCCCACCAUCAAGAACAAGCCAUUCACGUACCACCCAAACCCAGAAUUAUUACAGCUCAACAGUGAGUCACCAGGAACGUCCAUCCGAUUCAAGCCUGGAGGAGUCCUGGCAGUAGAGGGUAAUGGACUGACACUGGCUAUGAGUAAAGAGGAAGUUGUGGCCCGGCUCGGGGACAAAGAGUGUGUUGUCAAGACUCUGGAUAACACACACCUGUACUGCGAACCACCUGAGAAACAGCCUCUCGCCCUGGAAGGCAGUGACUUACCCACACUAAAGGUGUUAAUGGGAAGCCUGGCGUUUGACUUGGGUCCAGUGGAGUAUGACAGUGAUUCACACUCCUCGGUGCCUCUGCCAGCUCAGAUCGGUCUGGCAGCGGGGGCCGCGGUGGUCGUUCUCAUCGUGCUGGUUAUCAUUCUCAUGUACAGGCGGAAGAGCAAACAGGCUCUGAGAGACUAUAAAAAGGUUCUGGUGCAGCUGGAGACUCUGGAGAUAAAUGUUGGAGACCAGUGCAGGAAAGAGUUCACUGAUCUGAUGACGGAGAUGAUGGAUUUGAGCAGUGAUGUUGGUGGUCCUGGCAUCCCCUUUCUGGAUUACCGCACAUAUGCAGAGCGUGUUUUCUUCCCCGGCCAGAAGGGUGCGCCGCUGAGUCAGAAUCUGGAUUUGCCUGAUUCUCGCAGGCAGACGGUGGAGCAGGGCCUGGGUCAGCUCAACAACCUGCUCAACAACAGACUCUUCCUUAUACGGUUCAUUCAUACUCUGGAAGCACAGCAGAGUUUCUCACAGAGGGACAGAGGUUACGUCGCAUCUCUUCUCACGAUGGCCCUUCAUGAUAAGCUGGAAUACUUCACAGAUGUGAUGAAGACCCUGCUGGGGGAUCUAAUGCAGCAAUACGUGGCCAAAAACCCCAAACUCAUGCUGCGCAGGACAGAGACCGUUGUGGAGAAGAUGCUGACCAACUGGAUGUCCAUCUGUCUUUACUCAUUUCUUAAGGAGGUUGCUGGAGAGCCUCUCUACAAGUUGUACAGGGCUAUUAAAUACCAGGUGGAUAAAGGACCAGUGGAUGUAGUGACGGGCAAAGCCAAGCGCACUCUGAACGACAGCCACCUGCUCCGAGAGGACAUUGAAUACUGCUCAGUGACUCUGACUGUGCUGGUGAAGAGCGGUGUCGAGGUCCAGCCCUGUCCUGUUAAAGUUCUGGACUCUGACACCAUCACUCAGGUUAAAGAUAAAAUCCUGGACCAGAUUUAUAAAGGAGCACCAUACUCCCAAAGACCAGCCGCAGACUCACUGGACCUUGAGUGGCGAUCGGGCCAGGCGGGUCACCUGACUCUUUCAGAUGAUGAUGUCACAGCCAUCGUUCAGGGUCGCUGGAAACGGAUCAACACCUUACAGCACUACAAGGUGCCUGAUGGGGCCACUGUGGCUCUCAUCCCUCGUUCCCAGAGUUCACUUGGAGUAAAUCAGUUCUAUCAGACUGGAGAGAAAACUCCCAUGCUGGAGGGAGAGGAGGAGGAAGGUCUUCGUCUGUGGCAUCUGGUGAAGCCGAGCGAGGACUCUGAGAUCCCCAAACACAGGAAGAGCAGCAUGAGAGAGCGGGAGCGGGCAAAAGCCAUUCCUGAGAUCUACCUUACACGACUGCUUUCUAUGAAGGGCACUCUGCAGAAGUUUGUAGAUGAUGUCUUUGUAGCCAUACUGAGUAGGACACGGCCUCCACCCAUCGCUGUCAGAUUCUUCUUUGACUUCCUGGACGACAUGGCAGAGAAACACGGGAUUGACGACCCAGAGACCGUUCACAUAUGGAAAACAAACAGUUUACCUUUGCGUUUCUGGGUCAACAUCUUGAAGAAUCCUCAGUUCGUCUUUGACGUGCAGGUGACGGAUAGCGUGGAUGCUGUCCUUUCUGUUAUCGCACAGACCUUCAUUGAUUCCUGCACUACAUCCGAGCACAAAGUGGGCCGGGAUUCUCCAGUGAAUAAGCUGUUGUACGCCCGAGAAAUCCCACGAUAUAAGCAGCUGGUGGAGAGGUACUACAGUGAUAUUCAUAACGCCGUGUCUGGCUGUUACCAGGAAAUGAAUUCAACCCUCACAGAGCUGUCAGGGAGCUUUGCAUCUGAGAUGAACAGUUUGGUGGCGUUGCAUGAGCUGUACAAGUAUAUCAACAAAUACUAUGAUCAGAUUAUCAUGUCUCUGGAAGAAGACGCUGCGGGUCAGAAGAUGCAGUUGGCGUAUCGUCUUCAGCAGGUCGCCGCCCUGGUGGAGAAUAAAGUCACUGACCUUUAGGCUUUGACCUUUUACCUAUAAUCACGUCUUAUCUCAUGUGAUCAGCUGAUGAAAUGCAACCACUACGCCAAACACAUGUGUGCUUCCACAACCGUUCACAUAAACUACCUGCAUAUUCUUAACAAAAGGGAACAGGAAAUGAAGUAAUGAUCACUUUCUUCCGAUGAAACCCUAAUGGGAAAUUUAUUGGAGAAGGAUUGCAAUUCACAGGAGUAUUGGCUGACAGGAAGUGUGUGUGUGCAUGGUUAAUUGUGAUGUGUUUGUCUGAAAGGCUCUGCUGUAUAUAUGAAGUUUACCUAAUUCAGAUUUUAAUGACACUACUGAAGCAGCUCUCACAUAUUGUGACAUGCUGAGACACUUUUUAUACCAUUUCUAUUUCCAUUCAAGUGAUCACAUCCACUGUAUGGAGUUUUAUGAACUGAUUCAACGAAACAGCGGACAAAUCCCACAUUAACUUCUACUGUACAUGGAGUAUUUCGUACAAAAUGUUCUACUCCUCCACAAUCAAAGCCCAAACUCAAAGACUGACUUUGGCCGUGUGGUGUUAACCUUUUAUACUAAAAUGUCUACAUUAGUAUUGCAGAUCAAAACAAGUAUUAAGCUUUUACAGGGACUGUAGAGUAAGUCUAUGCACACAAGUGCCAUAACAAGUUAUAAGAGCACAAUAUUUGUGUGCACGUUAUUGUGUAGCUUUAGGUGUGCAUGCAACAAAAAAGAAAAAAAGGUUUUCCACUGUUGUUAGUAUCUCAAAUAUCUGGAAGUUGUUAAAUGUGAUCAUCUUAAUUUGGUUUGUAUUAUCAUAAGCUGAUUAACUUUACUUCAUUAGGCAGAUUUCUGAUUGAACCCUAAUAAAAUAUAUGUAUGGGUCACAUUUUUCUCAAAAAACAAGAGAUAAAGAAUUAAGAAAUUAUAUUUUGCACAAUAUACCUUAUUCUUAAACUUCAACUAAUAUAUCAUUGUUUUUCACUUUUCAUUGUAAUAGGUUUUUGCAUUGAUUCUUAAAUCUUAUAAAGAUGUUGUAAUGCACAACAACUUUCAAUUCAAAUAAAUUUUUUUGAUUUAGGCGUGAGAUAAAUCCCAGAUCUUUCUGCAGGUUUUGUGAGAUUCACACACACUUACAGUAAAUGGCAUUGAUUUCUUAAUGCCUGCUUUGUAUUUAAUAGCAAAAGCGAAAACAAUUAAAGAUUCAAUCUCAAGCGUUUUGAGUCUCAAAUGAAAUCGCAAUGCAGCUGGGUUUUCCAGUCCCUUGGGAGGUAUUGACACAAAACUGGGACAUUUGGGUCAUUGGAUUUCGACUUGGCAAAUGGAGAAUAGCAUCUUUAUUCACUUGGUCCCAAUGAUUAGAAAAGCAGCAGUCUGACUGAAAGUUGUUUACAUCAGACACUGAAUAGAAACUAACUUAUUAUAUUGUAAAUAAUGCUUAUUUAUACAUGACCGCCAUGGUGCCUUCUUUGUUACUUUUUAUAACGUCUACCGAUUUAAAAAAACAUGCUUGACAUUACUUGCCAAAUGGAGGAAAAGAUGAACUGUGGCACGAUUGUUGCCUGUUGUGAAGAUCAUACGGGGCUUUUAGAUUCUGUACUCGUGAUUACAGCCGUUGAUUCAGUAUAAAUCUAUGUGUAGCUCGAUCAUUUCUAGUUUGCAGUUUCGGCUCAUUUUCCAGAGCAAUCUUGUUGUCACAGGUGAAGCUGGUGUAAAUUAAAUUGUAUUUUUUUUUUUUGUGCAUCUGUUCUUUUUAGCUUCUUAAAACGGUCAUGAUUUGUUUUUCGCCUGAAGCACUUGUCUAAUUGUUUUGUAGUUUGAUCAUGAAGCUGACGUCAUAUGCUUUAACAGAGCUGAAAAUAAUGAAUUCAAUGCUAUCUGGACAUCUCAAAUGUAUUUUUGAAGGCUUUCCUGUCCCUGCAUUUAUUUAUGUGAUUUUGAGCUAUUACGCAUCAUCAUACUAAUGUAUGCACAGAGCUGUGUUUUAAAAAUGGGAAACAUUAGUUUGCUCAUCCUGUGUAUGUUUAUUAGCCUGUUGUUGAAUGUGUUUGGCCUCUUGGUGUAUUUUUUUAUUAUUAUAGGCUGAUGCAUGCUUGAGAUUUGAUUGGAUUUUCUGAUUGGGGUGCUUUAUGAGAGGUUCACUCGAUGGACUGCGUUAUGAGUGCAUGACUCUCAUAAGAACACAGAAGAAAGCGUGUGUGUAUGCAUGAGAUUUGUAAGUAAGUAAUUGUAGCGCUUCGUACAUGACGGUGAGGUUUUUUGGAGAAUCUCCCGUUAUGUACAGUUUUCUCUAAGAGAAUCCUGCGAAACCUUCUUUUUGUACAGUCUUGCGAUUUUCUGUUUUACCAGUUGUGUGGAAUAUGGCUUUGUAUCUUUGCAGAUAAACCAUUGUUUAGAGAAUUGUUGGUGUUUAUGGAGCCCUUUCCCGGCACCGAGUUUUACACAACUUUUAUACAAGGGUAAAAAAAAAUAAUAUAUGGUAAUUUUCUAAUGAAGUUGGGGUUAAAAGAGAGCUUAAAUCCAGUCUAAAGACUCUUUUGUACUUGUAUUGUGUAUAGUUUGCUAACAAUUGUGUAUAUGUGCCUGUACAUAUUGUGAAGAGAACUUGUUCUUUUUGUUUUUUUGAUUUUGUUUUUCAACAGACUUACUCUCUCCAUUCAGGAGAAAUUGGGAGCCAAAAUGUUGAAAUAAGUGAAAUGGAAAAUUUGUAUCUGGAAAAAAUAAAGCUAUAAUUUUAACAAUGAA